AUGCCUCCACCGGGGCUCGACAACCUCCCCGUCGAACUUGUCCACCACAUCGUCUCCCUUCUACCUACUCUUCCCUCCGUAACCGCCCUGCGCUCAACCUGCCGCGAUAUCUGUGCAAAAGUCACAUCCUCCGAACCCUUCCAGGCGGCUUUCAUCACGCGCACGGCAGACAUCUCCGAAGCUUCCCUCACCACGCUCGCAUCCGUAGCAGCACACCCGUCACUCGGCCGCCUGAUCCGCACGGUUGUGCUCCGCACAUACCUCUUCGAUCCCUGGAUUUUCAAAACUCAGCACCUCGCCCACGGCAGAAGAUACGUUGUCACCGGCCCGCGCCGCCACUGGGUCGACUGCACCGCCGACGAAGUCGCCGCCGCGCGCCAGACGGUCCAGCUGUACCAAGAGCGCAACGAGAGCAUGUGGCAGAUGCGAAAGAACGGACGCGAUGCGGAGCUGAUGACUGCCAUCUUCGGUGGCAUGAAGGGGAAGAGGAGGAGAUUGAAGGCGGUGGUCUUGGAAGCAGCGGUUUUCAGCAGCUACGGAGCGAGGGUGCCGGCGUGGAUGGUGAACAAGACUGACGAUGGCAGCGGCGAAGGCGGCGAGAAGGCUCGGCUGUGGAAGGCCAUGGCGCACGAUUUCGGCGUCGUGCUGGGGACCAUGGCGCGCGCGGAGACGCGGGUCGAGGAGUUGCGCCUCUACGGCGGGGCGUGGGGCGGGAGCGUCAUGGCGGCGGCAUUCGGUGACGCGAUCGAUGCUACGGCCGCCCGUCCGGCGCUGGAGGCGGUCUUGUCGCGGGUGAAGGUGCUCAGAGGGUUCGUGUCGUUUGGCGGGCUGGAGAACCUCGGUUCACACACGCAGCACAGACGCAGCGGGUGUGCGGACAGGAUUGGCGAGUUUCUUGCGAUGGCGAAGGGGUUGGAGGUGCUGGACUUGUUGUAUUACAAGGCUUGCCAACCGGAAGACGACGCCUCGCAAACCAUGUUCCAGAAAAUGAUGGCGCCCAUCGUUGGAGAGAGGGUCCAGUCUCUCCGAUUACGAGGAUUCCGAGCCUUUGCCACCGAGGUACUGGAGCUUAUUGGGAAAUGUGGUGAUUUACAAGAGCUGGAGCUUCAUCAUUUCGAGCUAGAUGGUGGAGAAUGGAGCGACGUGUUCGACCUACUACGAAAACAGAAUCACAAACUGCAGCGGCUUACGGUAUACCGCCUAUACGAAGGACCCUCGUCGAUUAUUAUUACAAAGCCAGGGGAUUGCGAGCUCCCGCAGGACGAAAAAGAGGAACCGUCGUAUUAUUGUGUGUACCAAAUGAAUGGUGAGCAGGUCAGGUCAGGAAUCGAGUACAGGCCAGACACGACGCGGCCAAAAGGAAGCCAAGCUGCUUACAUCCAUCGAAGGCAGUUUCAAAAUCUACACCUCUAUUAA